AUGGCAAAAUCAAGAUAUGAAUAUGUAAAAAGUUUUGAAAAAGAUGAUUCGUUAUUGCCUAACACUUGGAUGGUUUUACGUAUAGAUGGAAGAGGUUUUCACAAGUUUUCGGAUAAGCAUAAAUUUGAAAAACCAAAUGAUAAAGCAGCUUUAGAUCUUAUGAAUAAGUGUGCACAAUCAAUUAUGAAUGAAUUUCAUGAUAUAAUAUUAGCAUAUGGACAAAUUUUGUGUUCAAAAAAAAUUGCAACCUUUAUGGAAGACGUGAAUUUAAUUGUUAGUCAAUUUUCUUCUAAUUAUGUAUAUUAUUGGAAAGAUUAUCUUCCAUCAAAAGAAUUAUUAUAUCCACCCUCAUUUGAUGGUAGAAUCGUAAUUUAUCCUAGUGAUAAUAAUUUACGAGAUUAUUUAUCUUGGAGACAGGGAACAGUUUCAUCAGAUAAAAAUGAACUAUUAUUUUCUAAAUUUAAUAUAAAUUAUAAUAAAUUACCAGAAAUGUUUCGUAAAGGUUCUUUAUUAAUUCAUCAAAAGAUUGAAGAAAAAACCAUAAAUCAAAAAGGUUUAGAAGUUACAAGGGGAAAAAAUGUUGUUCCAAUAUUACAUGUUGAUAUUAUUAAAGAUGAGUUUUGGGAAAUUCAUUUAGAACUUGGAAUUAAAAUAUAA